GCGGUUGUUUCAUGUGUGAAAAAUUGAUCAAUGGUAAACAAAAUUGAAUAAAUAUAUAACAUAUAUAUAUAUAGAUAUGUGUGUUGGAAUGAAUACUUGCGAUACAUGUAAUAAAAAUACUUUUCGCUUAUAUUUAUCGAAAAGUGCGGAAUGUCAAAAUUUAAAAUGUUACAAUGAAUGUGUAGCCGACGACGAAAGUGUUCCUUGCUAUUUCCUUUAGCAAGAUUUAAAUUUAGAUUAAAUUCUAAUGAUACGAUUGACAAUUCGAAAUUCAAAGUGUUCUUUUUCAAAAUUUAGUAAAGAUUGUAUAUCAAUUGUAGAUAUAUCGAAAUUUUUCGGCCGCAAACGAUCAUUUUACGAAAUGAGGGCGACCAGUUGCAGAUCAAUUCCAUUCAACUUUCGGAUUGUAAGAUAUCCCUAUCGGCCACGACGAUUAAACAAGUAUUACGAUAUUUACAGAAUAGCUGCCCUUGCGCGGGAUCGCGCCUGUCUCUUCACGUGCCAGCAGGCCUCGCAGAACCUGCAGCAGCAGCAGCCUCGCUUUUAUAGUGCGCCAGGUCGCAGGGCCGGCUUCUUCUCGCAGUUCUUCGACAACAUGAAGGCGGAGAUGGAUAAGAACAAGGAGAUCAAGGACAAUAUCCGAAAGUUCCGUGAGGAAGCCCAGAAGCUGGAAGAAUCGGACGCCCUGAAGUCAGCGCGGCAAAAGUUUAACAUUGUCGAAUCGGAGGCGCAAAAGUCGUCUAGCAUGCUGAAGGAGCAGCUGGGCGCCAUUAAGGAGCGCGUAGGCGAUGUUCUAGAGGAGGCCAGCAAAUCCGAUCUGGCCAAAAAGGUUACCGAGGAGCUCUCGAAGAAGGCUAGGGGGGUCAGCGACACGAUCUCGGACACCAGUGGCAAGCUGGGCCAGACCAGCGCUUUCCAGGCCAUCUCUAACACGACGACGACCAUCAAAAAGGAGAUGGACAGCGCAAGCAUAGAGAAUCGUGUCUAUCGUGCUCCUGCCCAGUUGCGCAAGCGCGUCCAGCUCGACAUGAGCGAUAGCGAUCGCGUUGUGGAGCCCAACACGGAAGCCACUGGUAUGGAGCUGCACAAGGACUCCAAGUUCUACGAGUCGUGGGAGAACUUCAAGAACAACAAUACCUACGUGAACAAGGUGCUUGACUGGAAGGUUAAAUACGACGAGUCUGAGAACCCUGUGAUCCGUGCCUCCCGCCUGCUGACCGACAAAAUGUCCGACGUCAUGGGCGGACUCUUUUCGAAGACGGAGCUUUCGGAAACGAUGACGGAGCUGGUGAAAAUCGAUCCGAGCUUUGAUCAGAAGGAUUUCCUCCGCGAUUGCGAAACGGACAUCAUUCCAAAUAUUCUGGAAUCGAUUGUCCGUGGGGACCUGGAGAUUCUGAAGGACUGGUGCUUUGAGAGCACUUUCAAUAUUAUCGCAAAUCCCAUUAAGGAGGCUAAGAAGGCCGGCCUGUACCUGGACUCCAAGAUCCUCGACAUCGAGAACAUUGAAUUGGCAAUGGGCAAGGUCAUGGAGCAGGGCCCGGUACUGAUCAUCACGUUCCAAGCCCAGCAGAUCAUGUGCGUGCGGGACCAGAAGAGUCAGGUCGUCGAGGGCGAUCCGGAGAAGGUGAUGCGGGUGCACUACGUCUGGGUGCUGUGCCGCGACCGCAACGAACUCAACCCAAAGGCUGCCUGGCGGCUGAUGGAGCUGUCCGCCAACAGCUCAGAGCAAUUUGUUUAGCGCGCUGCCACGACUUUCUUUUUUACCGAGCCGUUUAAGUUUCCCUCAUUUUCUCAUCCAAAAAACAAACGAAAAGAUUACUGGACACUGAGCAUUGACGACGAACUGACCACGAACUCGACCCGCAGGAAUCUAUCAAGUGUGUACAAAGGUUUCGCUUUCGAUUGCUUUGAAAGUUUUGUCCGCCACUAGUCAACUGCGUCCGCCCGGCAGGGGCUGCUGGUCGGUCCCGUGAACGAUUCCCCCACGAAUUCCGGGCACAGCAGACUGCCGGCUCCGGCGCGGCUCAUCCUCCAAAAUGACGCCCCGGUUGUCCGUUCCUUGCGGCCACGCCCACCUCCGGCCCACUUCCGGCUAGCACGGAAGCAGUGUUCGGUGCGGGGAUUGGCCGUCGGGAUCGUGGUUCCUCCGCUGGUGUCCUGGCCAAAUCUAUAAUGUUGAAGCUUAAAGUGCAACCGCCGGUGUAUAAGGCGUAUAAGUAGUGACCAUAAGCAAAUUGUUGAGUGUAGUUGAGUUUAGGUAUUUUAAGGCCCCAACCCCUCCUGACAACCCCCCACCCCCCCUACCACACCCCUUCUCUUGUAAAUAUGGAAUUCGCUCGGGGCAGCUUGGGCACCGUAAAUUGACUGUACACACAGAAUCCAAAGAGUUGUAUGUACGUACACAUCGAGCGCCACUCAGAAUGUCUAGAAAAAUAAAAAUACUUCAAUAUUUUUACAUGUACCACUUAAGCAGCGAAUUCUUGAGAAAUAAGUGUUAUCUUACCUUACCCUAAUCACAGACAUCCAAGUUUAUGGUUGCCCAAUGGAUUGGGCAGCCGUAAGCGCUACUUGCUACUAAGUGGGCAAAAUAAAAAAUCCAAUACUUUUACAUAAUCCAUUUUUAAAACA